AGUGAGACAUGAACUAUAUUCUCUAAAACUUUGAAGGAUGUUCUAUGUAAGGUUCACGAGAUAUUGAACUUUUUCACCUCUACUCUCAUGACCACCGUACAAAACUGUUACAUCAGAAAAAAAGAACAAUGCCCAGAUCGACUGUCACGCUCUAUCCUAGGAAUGGCCAUGUUUGGCGCGAUGUGGCGCUACGUUUAUCCAUGGCAUGGCCACAGCAAGUAUAUAAAUUGAACCUCCCACAGGAUGGCCACACAGUGUGGCCACGCCAGAGUUUUUACAAGUCACAUGGCGUGGCUUUGCCACACACAUGGCCACACCCACGGCCACGUAACGUGUCCUGCCGUGGCAAUCUAGCGCGGCCAUGAGCGUGUAAGUUCACCUGGGUGGUCAGUUAGCUACUAAUGAUGAUGGCACCAUAGUAACGGCGGCCUCAGCUACCAUAUAAAAAUUUGGAAAAGCAGCUUUUUAUGGUCACAAUCGAACUGAGAAUGCAAGAAAACCUAUAGGAAGUUGUUUUUGUCAAAACCCAAGUUUAAAAUACUGAGAUAAAACUCAAACAUACUUCGUUUUUAAAAGUUCAAUAUUUCGUGAACCUUACAUAGAACAUCCUUCAAAGUUUUAGAGAAUAUAGUUCAUGUCUCACUCUUUGAUAAAAAUCCUAAGGACUUGGCUGAAAAAAGGGAGAACAUGUUGUAAAACUUAUCGUGGUACUCAUGAACUUGCAUUGAAAGUGGCGCCGAAUCCGAUAAUUUUGCUGGGAGAGUAAAAGUCAUUUUUCUCGGUUUCUGCAUCAGCUAUGCCGUCAGAAAAGACAGUUUCUUACGUAACUUGAUGAGCUCUAUAAAACUAGAUUGGUUUUAAAUGAAGCGGAGAAAUUUUUGUAAAAUGUGGGAUAUUUCAGAUGGAUUUGCCCUUCUUUCGCUGAUCAGGAGAAAAACAGGUCCUGACCAGGAAAACAGGCAUGGACUUUUUUACUUACAGGUAUCUGACCAGACAAACUGGACAUCCUCUAGAGAGAUCAUUCAUUUUAAACGAAGCUGUUAAUCUAAAAUCGGUUAUUAAUCGGUUAUUAUAUAUUAAUAUGAACGACUACUUAUUUGUAAAUGAUGAAUUGCGCUCAGGAUUUACCAUUCACGAAACAAUUGACUGAUAUGUGUCAGAAAAACAUCUUAUCCUUAAUGGUAUCAUAUAAUAUUAAAAAAUUCGCUAUUCACUCAAAAAACAUCAGAACGAGUUCAAAACUUUAGAAUGUAGACUAUUUAGGCUCUUCUAUAUCCUGUUUAUAGGAGAUCUAGAAACAGAUUUUACAAAACCCUAAGGUUUUCCGAAAGGGUUUCUGAAAAAUCCAUCAACAAAAAUAUGUUUUUUCGAUUUUUUCGAUCUCAUAAUCACGUUUAGCGAACAAAAUUAACCAUAUCUUGAAGUCUUAAACUCGUUCUGAUGCUUUUUGAGUGAAUACUGAAUUUUUUAAUAUUAUAUGAAAGCAGUCUGAAAACCCGAAUUUUCGUAAACCUCGCUUUUUGCUAGAUUUUUCUAAAAACACAUAUUGCCACGAGACUCAGCAUGAUCGAUUACCUAUACUCCACCAGUUUUUAAGGCUACCAAUAGUCACUGGGUGCCAGUCCUGGGACUCAUAGGAAAUCCGAUACACCGCCCGAACUGCGAAAAAUCAAGGUCUCGCUUGGCUCUCGUUUUGAAGAGAAGAUCCCGGGGUAUCAGUCCAUUAAAAAAAUUAAUACAAUCCUAUUGGAAAACGUUUACACACAACCCUGGUUUUUCAAAGAUCUCCUAGAAAACCAGUUUCAGAAAACUCGUCUGUAAAACACUUUGCUUGUAAACACAUGCCUCUAGGUCUUCUCUUUCGCAUGGCGAAAAUCGGAGCCCUCUAGCUGCUUUUAUCAAAAGUUAUUCAAAAAACAUCCGUGUUCUUUAUAUUUUGAAAUAGAUAGUAUCGGGUGGCCCAUAAUAAAUGGCAGUCUCAGUAUUUUGACCAUAACUUUUUCAGUUUUCAUGCUUUCGAGCUAUACUUUUUCUUAACAGAUGCCCCGAAAAAUUCUCUACAUAAGCAGGCCCAAGCGAAUUUUCUAGAGCAAGAUAUGGCGGAAUAAUAAAAGGAGAAGUAUACACGUCCAAAGCUAUCAACUUUCUAAGACGAAAACCAAUUUUUUUACUUUUCUAGUCUCUGUUGCUAAUAAAAUCAAAAACUGAGACUACCAUUCGAAAGAACACGGAAUUCUGCACUAGAAACUUGUAUGAAACGGUUUGUUGAGCCUUAGCUUAACCCACAAAAAAGAAAUUUGUUUUCUUUGAUUUUUCACAAAAUACCGUUUUUAAUUCAUGUAUGUGAUCGCUUCACGAAAAGUCUUCCUACACAGCCAAAACUUGUCCAUUUCUGACAAAUUUUUUUUUAUUUUGAACCUUGCAGUCGCAGCUAUCCAAUGGUUCUAGUCUUAAAGUCAUAGAUCAUCCCGGGUCGACUUUCUUUGUCGCAGAAUAUGGAAAAGCGCGAUUUAGCGCACCUUUCAAAAAAUCUUAGUUUUGCAUCGCCGGUUCCACUAACAAAGAAUUUUUCUGUAGUGGAUCAGAAAGUUGGUUUUUGUAGAGAAUUUUCCGGGGCAUCUGUUAAGAAAAAGUAUAGCUCGAAAGCAUGAAAACUGAAAAAGUUAUGGUCAAAAUACUGAGACCGCUAUUUAUUAUGGGCCACCCGAUAGUAUUAUUAUAUGCUAGACGAAAUCCGCUGUAGACCAUUAAGCUGUGAGUUCUCUAACUCAUUGGAGCAACGACGUCUACGUUUAGCUUCUUGUUAUUUUUCACUUAUCCAUGUUAAUGAAUUGCUUUGUAUUAUAAUAAAUGGUUCAGUGACAAAACGAUGCUUACAAUGGUAAUGCUGAAUCUCAUCACAAAAAUGGCGAUGACGUUAAUAGCUUUGUAUCAAAUAUAGCUAUCUUCUCAUUCGAUCUCGUAAACCAAAACGUUAUAUUGAUCGUCAGUUACGCUAAAAAACACGUACUGUUACUACUGUCAUUGAUAAUAAUAAUUUUGUUUUGGAUGACGCAACUAAAGAAGGAGAAAUAAAUAACGAAGAAAUUAUGGAACAAGAGGAAAUACUAAUUCACCCAUUUGAUUAUUCAGCGGUUGAUGAUUAUACAUUAUCGCAAAAAAAAUUCAAACGUUCAAAUGAUAAUGAAGAUACAUGUGAUCCAAAUAAACAGAGUAAAAUUAAAGGAAAAAUUAAUCCGUCUCAGAACCAUGAAACAGCUGACUAG